GACAAAAUCUUCAUCAUGGCCUAUAAAGCAGCACAUUUGGCCUUUAAGUCUCGCUGGCACAAGACGGACGAAGAGCUCUGUCGGCACAGCAUGUCCUUUGUCUUGCACAAGGCAAUCCAGAACGACUUCUUCAAGUGCUACCUUUAUCUACUGGAAAAGCUUCCCCUGGUGAAACUUUACGCUCUGACAAGCCAAGUCAUCAACGGGGAGAUGCAGUUCUACGCCAGGGCCAAACACUUCUACCGGGAGGUGCCCGCCACGGAGGAGGGAAUGAUGGGAGACUACAUCGAGCUCUCCAACACAGAUGUUGAAUCCUCCCGGGAGUUUCUCAGGAAGUUUGUUGGGGGGGUGGGGAAAGCUGGCACCAGCCGUGCCCUGGACUGUGGCUCUGGGAUAGGUCGCAUCAGCAAGCACGUCCUGCUGCCGGUUUUCAAGAGUGUGGAGCUGGUGGAUAUGAUGGAGAAUUUCCUGGCUGAGGUCCCAAACUACCUGCAGGGCAAGGAGGACAGAGUAGAGAUGUAUUACUGCAAAAGCCUGCAGGAAUUCACACCAGCCCCACGAAGAUAUGACGUCAUCUGGAUUCAGUGGGUUUCAGGAUAUCUGACAGACAAAGAUCUCCUGGAGUUUCUCAUCCGCUGCCAGGGUGGCUUGAAGGAUAACGGUGUCAUCAUUCUGAAGGACAAUGUGGCCAGGGAGGGCUGCACCCUGGACUGCCUGGACAGCAGCGUGAUCCGAGACCUGAACAUCCUGCACAGCCUCAUUGAGAUGAGCGGACUCACCAUCCUGAGGGAGGAGAGGCAGGAGGGCUUCCCUGAGCAGUGUGUCCCUGUCUGGAUGCUGGCCAUGCAGAAGGGCCCUGGCCACUCCUGA